UUAAUUUGUUGCCUUCUAUUGGUGGCAUGUUAUGUCUAGUGGAUACCAUUAAAGACCAAUAAUGAUAACGGUAAUGGUUUUAAUGGUUAGCUGAUGGUUUGCAAUGGUAUUUGUAGUGAAGCCAUUACAAUUUAUGUGAUAGUUUCUAUAGCUUUUUUCAGCAAGUGUGUGUGUGUGUGUGUGUGUGUGUGUGAGAGAGAGAGAGAGAGAGAGAGAGAGAGAGAGAUAUGUAUUUCAAGCCAACUGUCACUUGGCAUCACUUAAAAAGACUGGAUAGCUCAGAUCUCUGAUUGCUGUACAAUUGACGUACUGUUCACACUAUCAAAAAAAAAAAGUGUCUGGAGAGCGGCUUUUGAUUUUAACUCGGUGUAGCUUUAAAGUUAAAAUGUUACCAUGGGUCAUAAAAAAAGGAUUGCAUGCAUAAUUAUACACACCUAGACUAUGUUUCUGAAGGUAUUUUAUGAAUGUCAUAAAUAUACAACCUUCCAUCUGACAUUUGAAGCAAUACAAAUAACACUGACAUUAUUUUUAAAUGAUUGUACAAGUACACAUAAAAUCUUCCAACACAAAGGUUUGAAAGGUCAGGGCAAGAGAGUCGUUACAUAGAACUAAAUGAUGCUACAUUGAAUGUCUUUGGAUCUUUGGAUUUGGAUUAAAAGUUAUAGGUUCCUAAAGAGAUUGUAUUUCCUCCCAGAAGAUGAUCUACCUGGCGUGAGUCAUUUGAGCAGAUUAUCAUCUUCCAAUCAUGGCUGCUUUUGUCUAGACCUUCCUGGUGAACAUAUGCUUUAGGUAUUUUAUGAGUGCAGGUCUUGGUAGUGCUGUGGCCACUGACUGAGGUGCUGAGCUUCGGUUCUUCAGCUGCAGUGGUACCCUUAUCUGAGGCACAAAGUGAAGAUUGAUGUUUUAGGCAUUGAGAAUUGAUCUGGGACAUUGUUACUUGUCUUGUUACUUAACUUAUGUUGACUUAUGUAAAUGUGUGUGUACGUGUGUCCAAUUCUAACCUACAGAAACAUGGUAACUCCUGAGCAAGUCACAGCAUAUUUAGAGGUCAGUGGUGGGAAAUACGCCAAGAUUGAGUCAAAGAGGCGCACCGGGACUCACCAGUUAGUUGUUAAAAGUUCACAGAAAUCUGCACCUGGCUUGACUGUGUACAAGGUGACAAGGCAAGACAAAAGUGUCGUGAUGGCAUUCUGUUUCAAGCUGAAAGAAAAUAUGUAUUAUCCGGUAGUGGAGCGGGACCCAGACACCGAAAAAGCCAUCGUGAAGGUUGUGGGGCCAAUAAACCAGCCAUUUGAGGGAUUCCCUGAGAAGUAUCUUUUUAAAAGUGGAACAAAUACUGAGUAUGGAAGCCUGUGCUCAGUGGCAGAACCUAACCAAUAUCUUUCUGUUUCUGAAGAGGUCAUCACCCUCAGCUCCAAACCAUACCUUAAAUUCAGAAUCAGUCCAAACAAUCAGGCAAAUAGGAUGGCUUCAACAAACUUUGGUUUGCCUCAGUGUAGGCCAUUCUGCUCAGAUCCCUGCACAUUGAUGAGGAAUCACAGAAGAAGAAAGACAGGAAAAUACCAGCAAUCCUGUAGCAAUACCAGCAUCCAUACCCCUGUACCAAGUAGCUCUGGUCACCUAUUAUAACCUAUGAUUCAGAAUCUAUUCAUAAAAAGCAAAUAUAGCAAAUAUAUUUAGCAAAUCAAUACAGGAACAUUUAACAUAUAUGCAUCAACAUACAACAUUCAAUCAAAUUCACUGUCCAAACAUUUUUAUUGGGGGUCAAAUGGAGUAAAAAUCAGGCCAUAGUUCUGCUUGCUGCUGUAACAUUGCAUUUUAAUUUGAAUUAAUAGGUGAACUUUAAUAGGUGAACAAUUUCUUAUGAAUACCUGAGAAAUAUUUCGCAGAAUUCACUCACAAGUUAUAUUACUUUAUCACAACAACGGAUUCCUGACAAAUGAAACAUACACAAUUCUUUCAGAACUCAGAAAAAAACCCAUAUUGACAGCUCUGAGAUCCCAGAUUUCGAGUCUGAGCUUGGGUGGAAUUUUGUAUGUUUUCCUGAUGUCCACGUGGGUUUCUUCUGGGUUCACUUGUUUCUUCCCACCUUCCCAAAACGAUGCAGUAGAUGGACUGGCUAGUUUAAAUUGCCGCUAGGUGUGAAUGUUUGUCCUGAAAUGGACUGGUGUCCCAUCCAGGGUGUGCUUCUGCCUUGCAUCCAGUGUUCCCUGGAUAGG